CGUUGGGAUAAUAAUUGCCAGUUGGGUUUAUGUCGCCACUCAAUAUAUUUUAAUCGCAAAGUAUAAUUUUAAUUAUAAUUAAAAUAUCUUGUCGCCACUUCUGUGUUAAUACAUUUUGUAAAAUACCACAUCUAGUGUGACAGAUCGUAGUGUUUAACUUGGUAUUUUAUUUUGAUUAGAAAUAUGCGUUUGGAUGCUUGAGGUGGAGAUAUUAUGGAACAACAUCCUGCAAAUCAGAAAUUAAGGUCGCAAUCUACAAAAAAGGCCAACUACAACCGUAACCAAAAGAAGAAGCCUCCGCCAAAAGUAAACAAAAGGCAAAACGAUAUAUACAUUACAACAAAGUCUAACUUUAAGGCACAACAAAAACAUUGUGAAGAUUUACUAAACGCCGGAAUAAAGGAAAUAUAUUUGCAUUGCUUGGGAAACGCAAUUUUACGAGGACUUAAUUUAGCAUCUAGCUUAGUUAAAGAUUCAAAUGAUGCCCUUACAUAUGCAAUAAAUACAUCUACUAUUCAUUUAAUAGAUGAAUAUCAUCCAUUGAGUGAUGCCGAAGAUAUUUCUAUUCAGAGGAGAAAUAAUUCAGCUGUACACAUUAAAAUUGUUCGAAAUUCAGUGUAUGACGUUGAUGUAGCCUUUUCAAUUUAAUCAUAUCCACAAC